AUGCGCUUGAGUCGUUCGGGCUUACAUCCAAUGCUGCCGUCUUGUUUUGAACCACACCAUCCCCCAUCCGCUUCUCCCUUUCAUUGCACAAAUCUUCUCGUCUCCAACGCACAUUCACUUCAUAUCCGCACAUCCUCAACCCUCACCGCUGCCUCCAACCUGAGCCAAUCAACCACUUCAUACAUCCUUGCCAGCCACUUUCUCCGGUGCUACUUCAUCCUCAAAUGCGAACCAGAGCGGGGCCUUCUUUGGCUAUGCGCGCUUGGCCGGGCCGAUCUCGGGAGGGAACGUCCGGGGCCGCCGCAAGUCACUCCCGCCCGGGUCGCCCCCGACGGCGACGACACUCUUGGGAGGCGCCAACGAGCUUUCUGGAUGCACUUGCAGCGCUUCCAUUGGUACCACCACCGCAGCCAGGAAGCAAGACGCUCCCUGCCGAUCCUCGGCGGUCCCAAACCGACACCCAUCGAUGGCACUGGGAAUCCGCCCCUCUCCCUCCCGACCAUCUCCAACUCCUCCUCCUUCCCAUCACCUCCCCCGGCGUCCUUUCCCCCGGCCUCUUACACCCACACCCAGCGCGCCUCCUCCGCCCUCCUGGCUGCCCCGCUUGCCGACUUCGACACCCCGAGUCAGCCGCGAACCCGUCCUGUUUCUUACGAUGCCAACAAAGACGUCGACGACGACAAGGAGGAGGAGGACAGGUUGAUGUCUGCCGCGGAGCCAGGCCACAUUGUCUCCAUCCCCUUCACUAACCAAAGUGCCACGGGCUCCACUGCGCGACACCUCCGCCCUAUUAGAAGCCGCAGACUCUAUUGGUUCAACCUCUCCCUCUCCACAGCUUGUCCCACCUCGCCAAUCGCGCCAAACCAACAUACCACUCUCAGCUUUGUUCCAUUACCAGUUACCCAACACUUUUCCUAG